ACUUUGCACACAGAGACCUAAUGACAGUAUGGUACUUUUAUCUAUAUGCUUUAGGCUUACUAUCGGAUUUGAAUGUACAGGUGACUGUUCCAUCUAUGGCCUCGGUGUUCAAUGAAUAUGCUUUGAAGAGCCAAUAUGACACCAGCAUUUAUCUUCAGAACUUGUUUUUAUAUGGAUAUGGUGCCAUAUUCAACUUCUUGGCCAUUCUAGGAACUACCAUUGUCACAGGUCCUAAGAGCUUUGAUAUCUUGGAAGGACAUUCUAAAGCUACCAUGCUCCUAAUAUUGAACAAUGCAGCACAAGGAAUCCUAUCCUCCUUUUUCUUCAAAUAUGCAGAUACAAUCUUGAAGAAGUAUUCUUCAACUGUGGCCACAAUAUUCACAGGCAUAGCAUCUGCUGCAUUAUUUGGCCAUACUCUUACUAUAAACUUUCUGUUGGGAAUUUCAGUUGUUUUCAUCUCAAUGCACCAGUUCUUUUCACCUCUUUCAAAGGUCAAGGACGAAGAACAAACUGGGCUGCUGGAACUGAUGGAUGCUCAGAAUAACCACAAGUCAAAGGAUUCAUCUUUCAUCAAUAUGGCAGCAGGAGCAAAUGAGGAGGCUACACAUCAUACCGUGUCUGAUGAAAGACAGCCACUUCUUCCCAUCUGAAGUUAUUAAGGGGUUUUUUUGGACCAAUUCUUUGCUGGACUUAUUGGAGGAUUUUUGGAGCUAUGCUUGUAAUGAGAAUCACUCAAAGAAAUAAAACCAAAUAUGAAUUCUUUUCACUUUUCUGGAAUACCUCCUUUGCUCGAUCACGGGAUCCUCAUAUUCGUUACCGUAGAAGGAUAGCAAGGCGGCCUGCAUUAUAGACCUCAAAGUGACCUGCUUCUGCUGGUGAAAGGGUUAUAUUCAAGAAUAGCAACAUGGCCGGAUUUUGUGCUGAGCUCACUGCCAUUCUACAUGCCUUUCAUAUUUACACAUACACAAUCAUACAUUUGUAGUUAAAUUUGCUCUAUUUGACCUUGGACGAGGUAUAAAGGACUUUUUUUAUUUUUGCUAAUUCCGAUAUAGCAAUUUUUGCCAAGUGAACUAGACUUUUUUAGACACAAGCCCCAUUUGUUGUAAUUCGUGGUUCUUCAUCUACUCAACAUUUGAAUUUUGAAUAGUGAUUAUUAUAUGAGAUGUAUGCAAUGGGUAUACAUGAUUUUCAACAA